CGUGAGGCCUCUGGACUGCAUCGUUUUUUGCACAAAGACCCCUGGAUCCAGGGCAAAAGGCGCAUAGCCCCCCUUUCCUCUGUUCUCUGCAUGUUCGUGUUCUUCGCCGAUGGGAGAGGAGACAGGCGGCGCCGCUGGCACGGCAAGCUGGUCGGCGGCAAGUCAGUCAUCGGCGACGACUGUGGAUCCGGCGAUGGAGUUGCCACUCCUGAGGACCGAAGCGCAUGGGAGGCCGAUAUACGGUUAUGAAUCAGUGAAAUUCAGUGUGGAGGUGCAUCAUGGUGGGUUUUUUGUGGGGAAGGGAGUGAAUCUGACAUAUUUGGAUGAGAAGAUAUGUUGGUUUGACAAUUUGGACAGAAGAACUUUUUGCAGUGACUACAUCUACUACAUGCUAGCACAAUUGAAUGAUCCUGAUCAUGAGAAAAUUAUGUAUUGGUGCCCACCUGGAAAAACACUUGCAGAUAUGGUGGAAAUCAUCCUGGAAGUUCACUGUCAGAAGAUGGCCAAAGCCUUUGUUCACUCAAAGGUACUGGUUUUGUUUGUCAGGCAUAUCAGAAAACCUGAGAUGCAGGAGGAAGAUGACAUUGUGUUCAAAGGUUGCCCUGUUCUACCCAAAGUUAUAUUUAGUCCACUUAGAAAGGACAAGAAGAUGAAAACAGAGAAACUGUCAGAGGAGGCAGAAAAUUCAGAGCAACAAGAAGAUGCAGAUAUAUCAGAAAAUUCAGAAGUUUCAGAAGAAGAGUAUGAAUGUGAUUCAGACAUAGAUCCUACUUGGUAUGACAGUGAUUAUGGAAUGGAGGAGGAUGAUGAGGAGUAUGACAAGAAUGUAGAUGCUGUUGUGCACGAUGCUUUGAUUGAGAAAGGCAAAAGUAUUGGUGCUGAGUACAGGCAUGUUCCUGGGACAGAUGAUGUGUAUGAAGAUGAUUUGCAGCUGCCAGAAGAGGAUGACUGGGAUAGAAAACAUAAAAGUGACUCUGAUGAUGAGGAGUAUAAGAAGAAAAAAAAGAAGGAGAAACCCAUUUAUAGGUUUAAACCAUUUAACCCAGCUGUUGACAUGGAAAACCCUUAAUUCAAGCUGGGCAUGGUUUUUGAUUCUGUGGAGCUCCUUAGGAAAGUAGUAGCACAGUAUGCAGUGAAGAACAGGGUGCAAAUUAGGAAGAAAAAAAAUAAUAAACAAAGAUUUGAGGCAGUGUGUGAAGAGGGUUGCCCUUGGAAACUAGUGGCUGUCAAUGACAAUAGGACACAAUCUUUUCUUGUGAAGACUUUAAUUGCAGAGCACACUUGUGAGAAGGUCUGGGAUGUCAAAGAACUAACAGCCCCCUUUCUUGCUAGCAAAUAUGUGGAGAAGUUCAGAGAUAAUGAGAAGAUUUCUCUAGCUACAUUUUCAAGGAAAGUUAGGAAGAAAUUUAACAUGGAAGUUAGCAGACACAAGCUAGGUAGAGCUAGGAAAGCAGCAUUGGAAGUGGUGCAUGGGGAUGAGGUGA